UAAAAUAUGGCGUUCAUGAUGGCGUAGAAAAUGCCGGUGUAGUAGGUGUAACGUAGCAAGUGAGGUGGUGAGCUGUUUGUUAGAAUCGGGAUUAAACAUAAAGCUUUUGUUGUUUCUGUACGACCUGCAGUUUCAUUUUAAUUGCAAGAUUGUUUAUUUUUGAAAUGUUUAAUAAUUGUAAACAGUGGUUUCAUCUUGUAAGUAGUGUUGUAGGAGCAAUUCUCGGAGUCUCUGCGUUUGUGGUAUUUUUUUGUAUUUAUGAAAAUGUAGACGCUGCCUUCUGGGGUUUGUUAUCAGGUGUGUUUGCAAUGGUGUGCUUCCAUUUGCACUAUCUUUAUGUCCGACAGAAGAUGGACUCGUGGCACUCAGUAGAUACAUUGCGAAGUAUCAAAGUAUUGGGCAUUAUGGGUGCACUGGCAGGCAUGGCUGGCCUCAUCUGGUGUAUCUUUAUCGCAGUAUACCACCACAUACCUGUCAUGCCAGUGGAUACGAGCAUGUAUAUUGCUGCAGUAUGGACGUUCAUGACAGCUAAGUGGGGCCUAUGUCUGUUCCUUUAUUGUCGCAUGUAUACAAGAAUUCUCAGUGGACAUAACCCCCCACUUAUCAGUGUUUGAUGAGAUAUUGAACACCUGUUAAAACGUCUGCUAUGUGCCAAGGUGUGUGUUUGGCUUAAUGUACUGGUGUGCGUCAUACACAGUUAAUGUUGUUUUGUUUGUUUGUCUUUACCCUAUGUUUUUGGAGCCAGGUGUCCGAAUUACUUUAAAAGGCGUUUAUGUACCAUCUUGUUCUUUUAUGCUAAUCAUGUGAGAAAGUAAUUGCUAAAUUUCAUGCAAUGUUCUUUAUGUUAUUAUUGUUCUGUUCGCUGUAUAGAACUUAAACUGAGACUGACUUUAUUUGAUGCGGGCAUUUGUAAUUUCUCGUAUCCCACUUUUCAACUCUUACUGUUCCUGAUAAGAUACCAACUGCUGGUUUAGUCAUCUGGCAGUUGGACUUAGUUAUAACUUAUGCCAGAUAUAAGUAAUCUACUUGAAAUUAAAGGUGCUUGUACAGUUCGACAAACAAAUAUCAACAUUUUAGUUCAGUAACAAAGUUGUUAAUUUUUAACCUGCUUGUACUGAUAAAAGUAGACAUUUUUAAAACUUUUUGAUUUUAUUCCUCUUAUGCCCAGAUUUUAAAGAAUAUGUCCUGAAAAAUCUCUUGUUGUUUUACGAGAGAAAACGCUGGAUGUGAAUGUCUAAUGAGUCACUCGGUGAGUGACACAUUUUAAUACCUAAGAAGAGUUGUCUAAAACCGUGUACAUUUCUACUUUUCAUUAGCUGUAAUCUUCCUUUGACUUCCUUCCCGUUCCCAUGCGGUCCAUGAAUCUGGAAAGGCUGUGAAAAUAUUAAACUCUGUGACAGUCUUUCAUAUUCUGAAAUGUUUAUUUUUACAAAUUUUGUAUAUUAUUAUGUAUAUCAUUUAUAAUAGAAAUUAAAAUGUUAUUAACUCCAAA